UUGGUUAAUUAAAUUCACCUGGUGCUCCAUUAGCCUAGGCUAUGAAAACACCAUGUGGGUUGCCCAGAAAAACCUGCAAUUUAAUACUACGGUCAUUACGACGUUUUUAGAAAGGGCUUUGGUUGAAAAUAUACAAAUAGGUUUGGCUGGAAGUCUGUCGCACAUUGUUUUACCAGCUUAAGUUGAACGUUACGCACACAAACUAUCGAAGCUUUCUGACCAUGUAUGCAUCAAAGACAGGUGUGUCUCUGCGUAACAUUGCUCUGACUCCUGAAAGGAUUCCUACCUUUAUAAUUCCGUCAAAGCUGCGAUCUCCCCGUGCACAGCUAGAUUCAGAAACAGAUCAGUCAAGACUGCUGUCCCCGAGCAGCCCCAGCCAACACAUGUCUGCAUCUACUCCGUCCUCUCGGGUCCCUCGACUACCAUCGACACCAACUAUGAGGGUCAAGCUUCACCGAAACCUCUCACCGGGAGAGGACCUAUCUGACCCAUCCACCCGAGCUGCAAUGUCCCUGCCACACGUCGACAAAGUCACCACCUCAUACGGCUUCCGUGCACUCGCCCAGAGUCCAUGUACGCGGCGAAGGGAAUCGCUAUUCCAUAAGGGUGCGAAGACCAGAGGACCUUCCUUUGAAACCAACAUGGACUGUCGCUCUCGCACAACUCGUCCAAGUUCUUCUGUAGACAUUGGAGACCUGUGCAGGAUCACAAGCACCAACUCCAACCUGGUUGACGUGCCCCCGAGCACGGCAGCCCCUUCUCCUUCUGUUCAGAUUCUGAAGACUGGUAGAGCGGCUGGGCUACAGACACAGCUUGGGAUGAGUCAGCAGAAAGUCCAGCAGAGAGUCCAGCAGAGAGAGAAGGAGUUGAAGGAGCUCCAACAGGCUGUGGAGUCUCUCAAGCGCUCUGCACAGGAAGCUGCAGAGGACAAUGAGAGGAUCUUUACAGAGCUGAUCUGCUCCCUGGAGAAACUGCACACCGAGGCGAAGGAGCUGAUAAAAGCCCAGGCGACUGCUCAAGUGAGUCGUGCUGAAGGACUCCUGGAGCAACUGGAGCAGGAGAUAGCUGAGCUGAAGAGGAAAGACAGUGAGCUAGAGCAGCUCUCACACACAGAGGAUCACAUCCAUUUCCUCCAAUCUUACUCCAAUCCUAGUGUAUCUUCUUCAGACUUACCCACUAUCGUUGUAAGUCCUCAUCAGUACUUUGGAGACGUGAGCGAGGCUGUGUCUGAGCUGAGAGAGACACUACAAGGCUUCCUUAAAGGACAAUGGACCAAGAUCUCCAGCGCAGUGAAUACAGUCGAUGUUCUAUUACCUCCAGAGCCCAAGACCAGAGAACAGUUCUUACAAUAUUCCUGUCAGCUGACUCUGGACCCUAACACAGCACAUUGCAACCUCUCUCUGUCUGAUGGGAACAAAAAGAUAACAGCUAAACCAGGCCAUUUAUAUCUUGACCAUCCAGACAGAUUCACUUAUUGCUGCCAGGUGCUGUGCAGUGAGGGUCUGUCUGGACAAUGUUACUGGGAGGUGGAGAGGAGUGGGAACGAUGUUUCUAUAGCAGCCUCAUAUAAAGAUAUUAAGAGAACAGGUGGUAAUGACUCAGUAUUAGGACUCAAUGACAAGUCCUGGAGUUUACAGUGUUAUCAUGGUGGUUAUCGUUUCAGACACAAUAAUGUUGAGACUCAAGUAUCAGGCCCUCAGUCCUCCAAAGUAGGAGUGUACCUGGAUCACAAGGCAGGUUCUCUGUCCUUCUACAGUAUUUCUGGUACAAGGAGCCUCCUCCACAGAGUCCAGACCACAUUCACUCAGCCCCUCUAUCCUGGGUUUUGCUUUGGUUAUGUUGGAGAUACUGCAGAGCUGUGUAAGUUGUAGUGGUUGCCUUACUGGAUAUGCUUUAUCAUGUACUUUAACCCUGUGCAGUUAAUGCAUUCUAUGAUUUGCGAUGAUAUCUUUAGUUUAGUCAAUGUUUCAGUCUUGUGCAUUCACAUUCAUCUCCAUGUAUUCUCACUUUGAUAUAAAUGAAUAACAACUAC